GAUUAUUUACUGUAGUCAUUAUUAUCAGUGACACAAAGUACACGUCCGGUAUCUGGCUGCAUCCAGUACUGAUUUUACUUUCACCCUUUGCACCUGGGAAGCUUUCUGUUUUUCCCUCAGCUGUUGCAGACAUGCUCUCUCUGACAUUACGGCAAAGAUUACAGCCCCUUUUUCUCAGUGCUUCAGCAUGUUUGGGCCGACAGAGGCAGAUUACUGCAAAAUCUUGCAGAAGACACCUCAGCAGCAGCAGCAGCGAUGGGUGGAUAGGACAGGAGAGCCUGGCUCAGGAUGACCCAGAGAUGUGGAGACUCCUGCAGCAGGAGAAGGACAGGCAGUGUCGGGGACUGGAGCUCAUCGCAUCAGAGAACUUCUGCAGUCGUGCAGCUUUGGAGGCACAGGGCUCCUGUCUGAACAACAAAUACUCUGAGGGAUACCCAGGACAAAGAUACUACGGAGGUGCGGAGAUUGUCGACCAGAUUGAGCUGCUGUGUCAGAAGCGAGCGCGCUCAGUCUUUGGUCUGGAUCCCAAUCUGUGGGGCGUUAAUGUUCAGCCAUACUCUGGAUCCCCUGCUAACUUUGCAGCCUACACCUCUGUGCUGCAGCCUCACGACCGCAUCAUGGGCCUGGAUCUGCCUGACGGGGGACACCUUACCCACGGCUACAUGUCAGACAACAAAAGAGUCUCAGCCACCUCUAUUUACUUUGAAUCGAUGCCUUACAAAGUGGAUCCCCAAACAGGUCUCAUAGAUUAUGACCAGCUGGAGAAGACUGCUCGCCUUUUCAGACCCAGACUUAUCAUAGCAGGAACCAGCGCCUACGCUCGUCUCAUCGACUACUCUCGCAUGAAGAAGUUGUGUGUGGAGCUGAGUGCCUACCUGCUGGCAGAUAUGGCUCAUAUUAGUGGCCUGGUGGCUGCAAGAGCUGUUCCCUCUCCUUUUGAGCACGCUGACCUUGUGACUUCCACCACCCAUAAGUCCUUGCGUGGAGCAAGGGCUGGCCUGAUCUUCUACCGGAAAGGUGUGAGGUCCGUGGAUAAGAAAGGCAGGGAAGUCCUUUAUGACCUCCAGGACAGGGUGAACUUUGCUGUGUUUCCAUCACUUCAGGGAGGACCUCACAACCAUGCCAUUGCUGGGGUGGCUGUCGCCCUCAAACAGGCUUCCACUCCCAUGUUCAAGAGAUACAUCCAUCAAGUGCUGCUGAACACCAAAGCCAUGGCCAAUGCUUUGAUUAAGAAAGGCUACACCUUGGUGUCAGGUGGAACAGACAACCACCUGGUUUUGGUUGAUCUUCGACCUCGUGGCAUGGAUGGUGCUCGAGCUGAAAGGGUCCUAGAGCUGGUGUCAAUCACGGCCAACAAGAACACCUGUCCUGGAGAUAAGAGCGCCCUCACUCCAGGGGGACUUCGACUUGGAGCUCCAGCUCUGACCUCUCGACAGUUUAAGGAGGCAGAUUUUGAAAAAGUUGUGGACUUGAUUGAUGAAGGGAUUCAGAUUGCGCUGGACGUGAAGAAGAAGACCGGUAACCUGGCUAGCUUCAAGUCAUUUCUGCUGGAGGACCAAGAUACAGUGUCACGCAUCACAGAGCUCCGCCAGCGGGUGGAGCUAUUCGCCAGGCCCUUCCCCAUGCCGGGAUUUACUGACCAUUAGAAAAAACUCAGACAAAC